CUGUACUUCCGGUGCGAAUCUCCGCGACAAGAGAAACCGAGGAAGGGAUUAGUAGCAAUAUUACCGGCCUGGAAGAUAUCGUUUGUAUUUAAAUCUCUUAGGGAAACCCAUAACGACCACAGGCAAGUGGAACCGUCUGAGAACGUGGGACAUCUGUCCGCUUGGCUUGUCCACUUACAUACUGAACCUUAUUGGAGGGAUGAACUGAGAGGAUGAAUGUCAACCAGCAACCUCACAUGGCCUCCCCCUACGGCCCUUCUCAGCCCGGUUACCAGGGCUAUCCGCAGGCUCCUCAUGGGGGCCAGCACAUGGCAGGGGGAUACCCAGGGCAGUAUCCCCCGUACAACGGGCCCACCUCCGCCUACCAGCCUGGAGCCCCGGUUCCAGGUCCGAUGUGCGCUCCCCCCACUUCAGGCGCUCCGCCCAUCUCGGCCCCCCAGGCUUACGGACAGUAUGGUGGGGGUCAGGCACUGAACGGCCCUCCCCCCAGUGCAGCCCCGACCCAGAGACCACCUGUCUCUCAGCCCUACACCCCAGCGCCCAUGAACCUGUCCACCCCCCAAUCCAGUUACAGCCAGCCAUUCGCCGGUCCCCCCACAAGCAUGCAGCAGAUGACCAAUCAGAUGGCGGGGAUGCAGGUUGGGCCCGCCCCUCCCGCAGGAACAGCCCCUGGUUACGCCAUGCCUCCAAAUUCCCAGCCUCCCGUCUCCGGCACCUACACAUCCACAGCGUCCCAUCCCUCCUUCCCCCCCACCUCCAUUGCCUCCCCCCACCCUGCCGCCGGAGACGGAGUCCCCCCUGGACCCCCCCAGUCCUACUAUGGGGGUCCCCCGCACGCCCAGCAGCCCUUCCCCACCUCCUCCGCACCUCCUCCGGCCUUCUCGACUGCAUCCGCCACACCUCCGGCUGCUGCCGCCCCAGCUCCAGCCGUCUCCCAGGCUUCCCAGGCCUUCCCAGGAGGGCCUCCACAUGCUCAGCCCCAGCCGCCACCGCAGCAACAGCAGCAGCUGCCUCCCUUCUCAGCUGCUGGGCCCACACCCCCUCAGCAAACCCCCUUCUCCUCUGGGGCUCCCCAAGCAGCACCACAUCCCGCAUCCCAGCACCUGUAUGGAGGCCCACCACCUCCCCAGGGUGCUCCCCAGCAGCAGCAGCAGGCUGGCUUCCCUAGGCCUUCACCUCCCACUUCACAGCCUUCAUCCUCCACGACCGCCGCCGCCACCACCAACUCUGGCUUCCCUGGAGGUCCCCCUCAGUCCUCCCAUCCGUACCCGGGCGUCACCAUGCCCCAACAACAGCACUCCCCCUUCCACUCGGCCCCGCAGCUCUCCGGGCCCCUGCCUCCUCCGCCCGCUGCCGGUGGCUUCCCACCACAAGGGAGCGCCCCAGGCAUGCAGGGUCCACCGCUCCAACAUCCAUCCAUGUCUGGGCCCCCCAUGUCCCAGGCCAACCAUGUGGCCCCGGGGUCCACCCAGCCCGGCAUGCCUCCGCCUAUGGGGCCUGCCACAGGGGGUAUGCCUGGGCCACCAACUCAGCCAGGGAUGCAGGGGUACCCUCCCCAGCAGAACGGUGCUUUUGGGCAGAUGAGGGCCCCACAGCCUGGCUAUCCAGGGCCGUAUCCCGGGCAACAUCCCGGGCAACAUCCCGGGCAGCAGAACUUUGGGGCGCCCCCUCAGGCUCCUGCGUCCGCCCCUCCCGCACAGAAACGGUUGGACCCCGACUCAAUCCCCAGUCCACAAGCGCCUGACAUGCCGCCUGUGCAGAAAACAAGACAUAGAAUAGACCCAGACGCUAUCCCCAGCCCAAUCCAGGUGAUCGAGGACGACCGGGUCAAUAAAAGCACUGAGCCCUUCACCACUGGGGUCAGAGGGCAAGCCCCACCCCUCGUCACCACCAACUUCCAGGUCAAAGAUCAAGGCAACGCCAGUCCUCGCUUCGUCCGCUGCACUGCCUACAACGUGCCCUGCACCUCCGACAUGGCCAAGCAGUCACAAGUGCCCUUGGCUGCAAUCAUCAAACCACUGGCCACCCUGCCCCCGGAUGAGACGCCCCCGUACAUCGUGGACCACGGCGAGAGUGGGCCAAUCCGCUGCAACCGCUGCAAGGCCUACAUGUGUCCCUACAUGCAGUUUAUCGAGGGCGGCCGCAGGUUCCAGUGCGGCUUCUGCAGCUGUGUCACGGAGGUGCCUCCCAAUUACUUCCAGCAUCUGGACCACACCGGAAAGAGGGUAGACUGCUACGACCGGCCCGAGCUCUCUAUGGGCAGCUACGAGUUCCUGGCCACCGUUGACUACUGCAAGAACAACAAGCUUCCUCAGCCCCCUGCCUUCAUUUUCCUGAUUGACGUGUCUUACAACGCUGUGCGGAGCGGCAUGGUGGGAAUCGUCUGCCAGGAGCUCAAGACGCUGCUGGAUUACCUGCCUAGGGAAAACCCUGACGUGCCGUCGGCUGUGCGCGUGGGCUUCGUCACCUACAACAAGGUGCUGCACUUCUACAACGUGAAGGCCUCUCUGGCGCAGCCCCAGAUGAUGGUGGUGUCCGACGUGGCCGACAUGUUUGUGCCGCUGCUCGACGGCUUCCUGGUCAACGUCAACGAGUCGCGCGUGGUCAUUGAGAGCUUGCUGGACCAGAUCCCUGAGAUGUUUGCAGACACGCGGGAGACAGAGACGGUGUUUGGGCCUGUGAUCCAGGCUGGUCUGGAGGCCCUGAAGGCGGCUGACUGUGCUGGGAAACUCUUCGUCUUCCACACGUCUCUGCCCAUCGCUGAGGCUCCUGGGAAACUGAAGAACAGGGAGGAUAAGAAGCAGGUCGGCACAGACAAAGAAAAGGCGCUGUUCCAGCCGCAGGUCAGUUUCUAUAGCAACCUGGCCAAGGAGUGUGUGGCGCAGGGCUGCUGCGUGGACCUCUUCCUCUUCCCCAACCAGUACGUCGACGUGGCAACGCUCGGCGUGGUCCCCACCUCCACCGGAGGCUCCAUCUACAAGUACACCUACUUCCAGGCACAGUCCGACCAGGAGCGAUUCCUGCACGACCUCCGGCGAGACGUACAGAAGCCGAUGGGCUUCGACGCAGUCAUGAGGGUCCGCACCAGCACAGGCAUCAGGGCCACAGACUUCUUCGGCUCCUUCUACAUGAGCAACACCACAGACGUGGAGCUGGCCGGCCUCGACUGCGACAAGACCAUCACCGUGGAGUUCAGGCACGACGACAAGCUCAGCGAGGACACGGGCGCUUUGAUGCAGUGUGCAGUGCUGUACACCAGCUGCUGUGGGCAGCGGCGGCUCCGGGUGCACAACAUGGCCGUCAACUGCUGCGCGCAGCUGGCCGACCUCUACCGCAACUGCGAGACCGACACCAUCAUCAACUUCUUCGCCAAGUAUGCAUACCGUAGCAUGCUCAACAGCCCCACCAAGAACGUGCGGGACAUUCUGGUGAACCAGUGUGCUCAGAUCCUGGCCUGCUACCGCAAGAACUGUGCCAGCCCCUCCUCUGCUGGACAGCUGAUCCUGCCUGAGUGCAUGAAGCUGCUGCCGGUCUACCUGAACUGCGUGCUGAAGAGCGACGUGCUGCACCCGGCGGCCGACACCUCUCUGGACGACCGCGCCUACCUGAGGCAGCUGCUCAGCUGCAUGGACGCCUCAGAGAGCCACGUGUUCUUUUACCCACGCCUGCUGCCACUGCAUAAGAUGGACACGGAGAGCGAUGCGUUGCCGUUGGCGAUCCGGAACUCCGAGGAGCGGCUGUCCAAGGGGGGGCUGUACCUGCUGGAGACGGGCCUCAACCUCUUCUUGUGGGUGGGGGCCAGCGCCCAGCAGGAGCUGCUGCAGAACGUCUUCGGCACGACCGCCUUCGGACAGAUCGACCCCAACAUGACCUGCUUGCCGGAGCUGGAUAAUCCCUUCUCAAAGAAGCUGCGAGACAUCAUCUCGGCCUUCCGAGACCAGCGCUCACGAUACAUGAAGCUGAUGGUGGUGAAACAGGAUGACAAGCUGGAGCUCAUCUUCAAGCACUUCCUGGUGGAGGACAAGAACAACUCGGGCGGAGCCUCCUACGUGGACUUCCUCUGCCACAUGCACAAGGAGAUCAGGCAGCUGCUCAGCUAGGACCGCCCCCAUCUCUUCAGACCCCUCCCCCUUCAUAUUCCAGUCCCCUCCCCUUCGUCGCCCCCUCCCUUCCAGACCCCUCCCACUCUUUUACUCAAGAUGCGCUUUAUCUUUUUAUUUUGAAAUAAUAAAACUAAACUUCUCCCUCCUCCUCUCCUCCAAUCAUCACCCACCCCACCCCACUCUCUCUCUGAACACCCACCGCCUGGAAGGGGUCGAUCCAGAGCAGACUGGGACGGGUGGGGGAACAAGUCACUCCGCCAGACUCUACUUGUCUUUGUGGGUUUUAGUUUCUUACUCUUGUUUUGGGUCAGGCUUUUCAUUUUCUUUGAUCCUUUUGGGAGGUGUGUAUGAGUGGUGUGUGUUGUGUGUGUGUGUGUGUGUGUGUAUAUGAUUGGAGUGUGUGUGUGUGUGUUGGGGGUGUGUAUGUGUCUGAGGACUGCCCAUUCAUCAAUGGGUUUGCUCAUUUGAAUAAAUGCGAUGGAUGGAUGGAUGGAUGGAUGGAUGAUCAGUCCUUCACUCCAAUGAUUCAGGAUCCUAUUCUCUCAGCCUCAAUAUGAACUUCAACUUCACAGCAACAUGUCAGUCAACAUAGAACAAGGAAAUUAUCUCAAUUGUGAAGGUGUGUGUGUGUGGUGUGUGUGGUGUGUGUGAGAGAGAAAGAGAUGUUUGGUGAAUUGGAAAGGGGAGAGUAAUUUGAGCGAUUCUGAAUCAUUGAUGUUGAUUGUAUUGGGUGUACUAUGAGUAACACUAGCACUGAAGCUCUGGGUGUUGGAGAAGGAAAAAAACAAACAAACAAACAAACAAACAAACUAGGGGAGCUUCAAACACAUGUCCCAAGACCACCCAAUCAAACCAAAUACUAUACCCAAGCAGAUGGAAACAAAAGCAAGGAAAAAAUGGCAACAGGUUCACCUUGCCUUUCUGUUUUUUUUUUCUUUCUUCCCACCAUCCAGAGGUUUCCUUUCUUCAUUCAGCUGCCACUCUUUCCUUCUCUUUUUUUUUUUUUCUUUUUUUUUUGUCCCAUUCUUUGUCGUUAUCGGCGUAUGGCCUUACUCACCCUUCCUCCUCCUCCCGUUCUGUCAUAUCGAGCCCACACUUUUUGUUUUAUUCCUGUUUGUCAUUAUCUUUCUUUUGUGUGUGUGUGUGUGUGUUCAUUGUUUUGUUUUUGUCACUGUAACAGUCUCUGUUUUUAAAACGUGUGGAAAUCAAAAUGUGACUAAUAGGCAAUAUGGGAACCUGAGUAUUCUUCUUUUUGGAUUGUGUCUGUAAUCUUUCCCCUGUAAAAAAAAAGAAAAAAAUCAACCAAAAAAAAACAAAAAACAACAACAAAAUGUGUCUGAUUUUCAUGGAGAGACAGAAGGACAGUAAGACGUGGUUACACUCAUAAUAAUAUAACACCCACAUAUAAACAGUCUAUGCAUUUUCCUACCAGAGGAGGAUUUAACAGGGGAGCAUUAUACACAUAUUAUUGUAAUCACUAUAGUUAUUAACCUUGAAUUUUACCAUAAUAUCAAGACGGCCACUUCUGUUGUCCUCCUUCCUCCAGUGUGUCGAACAGGGAAGAUAAUUACCCAUUUUAGAGUGUACCCAAACACACACAUACACACACUUCCACCCAGUACCUGCGUGGGGCCUAUCUAAUGAUAAAUGGUUUAGGAUUCUCCGUUUUGAGGAGAAGUGAUUAGGUCUGACAGAAAGGAUCCAGAGUAGGAGGAAGAAGCACUACAGAUGUGGGCCUCAAAUGAACCUUGGGAAUCGUAGUUCAUAUGAGCCCCUCGGCUUUCUGGGGUUUGUAGUUGAGAUUAGGGGUAUGCUUGGAUUUUCAAUCAUCCCCUCACCCCACUCUAUUCCACAAAACUGUAAUUCCCUAAUGGCUGUUAACCUUUUUUAAUUAUCUUUUAUUUUAGUCUGUGAUUCCUUCAAACCCCUCUGCAGAUCUUUGCUUCAAACGUCCUGAUCUUUUGUAUCGCUGACAAAUAUUGUUUGGGUUAAUCUAUUUUUCUUUCUUUCUUUCUCAUUUUAAAAAAAGAAAUCCGUUUUGAAGGUUUGUGAUUCUGUGGGGUGCUUCUCUUUGGGCUUUUGUCAUUUAGGAUUGAGACGUUCUCGUGUGAUGAGCAUGAUGAUGAUGAUGAUGUUAUGGCGCAAUGUGUGUGGAAUUGGGGAACGAGGGAGGGGCAGUGCACGUGGAUGUUGGUGGGGGGGAUGAAAAGUAUUUACAGCUAUCGAGUCCCUAUUUUUUGGGGGGGGGGGGGGGGGGGCGGAGGAUGAAAGGACUUAAGAGAACACCGAAGGAUUGUGACCUGAUAGACGAUUCAGACACUGAAAAUACCUUUGUCAUUGACAUUUAUUUACAUGUACAGAAUUAAAACGAAAUCACAUUUUAAACACAAUGCCCCAGCCAGUGUGGUUUGUUGUGUGUGGUGGUGUUGAUGUAGGGACCUUAUGGAUCUCCAAAUGCACUCCACUUAUUUCCACAGGAAAUGUGUGUGUGUGUGAGUGAGUGAGUGAGUGAGAGAGAGAUGCAGAUCCUGGUGAUUUUCGGCCACUGAAAUGAGGGAUUAAUCUCUGAUCUGAUGAUGAUGAUGAUGAUGAUGAUGAAGUGUUUUCUGGAUGAUCCAUUUUUUUCUUUUCUUUUUCUAACCGCUUUUUUGUUGUGUUAAUUUGUUCUCUUCCUUGUGUGGGUGUGUGAGGUGUUUCCAUAACCCCGUUAUUAAUCUCAGUUGAAAUUGUUUACAAUUUACCCUUUGACUACACUCCCACUCCCCAAUUCUGUCAUUUCUGAAUGUAACCGCAAUAUUAUGUUUUUGUUUUAGUCCACGCUGUGUUGAUCCUGCCCCUCCUGGACUGCAAACAAACAACGUAAAUAAAUGAAAUAAACAAACAUAUAUUUA